UUUCCGCCAACUACCUCGGCUUUUGCUCUCUAGGGCUGCUGACGUGGAACGUGCUGAGUGGAACAGCCACCUGAGCGAGGCAUAUGGCCGCAAUCUUUGACCAAUAGUUGAUAUAUAAUCGUGCGACCAAUCUGGAAAAUUCGCGUGCGGCUCAUUCGUGGCAAACUCUUUGGGCACACAAGACGGCCGCCCCGGCAUGAUCUUCACUUCAGAAACCGUUUUUCGCCCAGGGCCUAACAGGCGGUGUCCUGUAAGCCCACUGUAAAACCUCUUUUCGAUACUACACAAAUCUGAAUUUCUUUUGGUAGCGACAUAUUAAUACCGAGAAGGGUGGUCAGCGGAGCCUUGUUCCAAUUUCCAGGGUAGUUGGGUGUGUCUGGCAACUGUUAAAGGAUUCCCUCGACCCCCAUGUCCAAUCAUUGGUGGGAUCGGUUUAUACCUAAGAGUAUGGGGGCGAUGGACAAGGACUUAUGGUGUGGAUUCCCAGACGUUCUUGAAGCGCAAUCCAGGCACAUCAUCAUCUGGACUUUCACCACCCACAAGCCCUGAUUUACCGAGCAAAGCAUACAUGUAAAUCCACGUCAAAUCGAUACGAGUAUUUGAUUUCAAUCAUCAAGGACAUAAUAAUCGCACGUGAUGCAGGAGCUUAUUGUCCGGUUUCUGAUCGAAAUAUGGCUACUGUCCUUCUUUGGUCUGUGCUUUCUUGCUUUGCGAGUAUGGGUGCGGACCAAAAUGGUUGGUAUCAAUGGGUAUGACCUGGAUGACUGGUUGGUCCUCGGGGUGAUUUUGGUAUGGUGUUCUGGGCCUGUCGUCGGCCACAUCUACGCAAUCAGGUGUCAAGGGCGGCAUACAUCGCUACUUACCCACGAACAGCGGGAGAUGAUGCCCGAGUCGGAAUACAACAAGUGGGAGUACGGCUCGCAACUGUAUCUCUUGGGGCUUACACAAUAUUUCGUCAUUAUAUGGAUGCUCAAGUUCAACAUGCUCUGCUUUUAUCGUCGUGUGGUGCGAAACACACAGAGCGAAAAGUUCGUCAAGCCACUCAUGGGUCUCAUCGGGGUCACAUUCAUAGCGAUUGUCUUCACUCUUACAUUAACAUGCCGACCCUUUCGCAACCUCUGGAAAGUGUGGCCAGAUCCGGGUCCGCAAUGUGUGCCACAGAGCGUCGUCUUGAUGGCUACGAUGUUGUCCUUCAACCUGGAAACAGACUUGUGUAUCAUGCUUGUCCCUCUUCCGGUUGUCAUUAGACUUCGUGCGACCGUAUGGAAGCGGAUUGGCCUUUUGUUUUGCUUUACGUUGGGCACAUUUUGUAUGGCUGCGGCAAUUGUGCGAUACGUUCUUAUAUUUCAAUUGAACGAAAGCGGCAGCGCAGGGAUGUGGUCGACUCGGGAGGACUUCGUGGCAGUAGUCGUUGGCCAAGCACCGAUGCUCACGCCAUUGUUUCGCCGCAGUUUCUGGGUUGAAGCUGGAUACGCCACCAACAACUCGAGCUCUCGAUCGGAGGGGCAGAGGCUCUUCGGUCGCAACAAUGGGUACGAGCUGAAUGGCGGACCUAGAGCAGUGGUCACAAUAGGAGGUAGCUCUUACAACCCAGCAAAAGUGAGGGAUCCGUAUAGUAUUACUCAAAUAGAUAAGGAUGAAGGACCAGAGGGGGCGGCCAGUAUGCAUGCCGCAGAUGUGCGAAAAGCCCAGAGGAUGGCCGGCUCGGCCGUUGAACGUGAACGCAUCGACUGGGUGUGAGAUCUUCAUGGGCUAGAUAGUGUCAUAGUUGCAAAGAAUGAUAAUCGCCUACAUUCGGACCUUUGAGUGAUGGAGGCACGAGAGCA